GAAGAACAGUAGGCUCUCCAUCAUGUCUAAAAGCUAUAACCCCUUUGACGAGGAUGAGGAUGAAGACUUCAAGCCUGUGAGCUGGAAUGAAGACCCCGCAGAGCGGAGAAGAAGGGAGGAAAUGGACGGAAAGAGGUCUCUGCAGCAAGAAGUGAUGUGGAGGGCACAGAACACGGUGGACAGUAGUAAUAAGUCACUAUCCCUCAUUUAUGAAUCGGAGAAGGUUGGGGUUGAAACUGCAGAGGAACUAAUGCGUCAGGGAGAGGCCUUAAAACGCACAGAAAAGAUGGUGGAUAAGAUGGAACAAGAUAUGAAGACCAGUCAGAGGCAUAUUAAUAGCAUCAAGAGCAUGUUUAGUGGUUUCACCAACUAUUUCAAAGCCAAACCUGCUGAGACACCCCCACAAAAUGGAGCCUAUGAUUACAAAGCUAGCAACAAAUUGGAGGAAGCAAUGACGAGCAGCAAAGUGCAUGAGGACAGAUAUGAAGCUACUCAUCCAAACCUCCUGAAACGUGACACUUUAGAUAACAGCAGUAACGUGGGUGCAGCAGGAUCUGGAUAUCCAUCCAAAAAUCGGGUGCUCCAAGAAUACCAUAUGAAAGUUGAUAAUAAUUUAGAUGAAAUGUCUGUAGGCUUAGGCCGAUUAAAAAACUUGGCCAUGGGGUUACAGUCUGAGAUUGAUGAACAGGAUGAUAUAAUUGAUCGUUUGGGAGGAAAAGUGGAUAAAAUGGACUUGAACAUCAAGACUACAGAUAAACGAAUUCGGGAAGAGCUUUGAGAGAACCAUCACAUCUUGGCUUAUGCACUCCAGAUCAUUUAAAAUCUAACUUCUUCCAGGUUUUAUAUAGCAGAUUCCCAUGUCUGUUAAGUUUUAGAACACUCAGUCAGGGACAGGACACCUAACUGUAUCCUCAAUGAGACUUCAUAUGCUAUACGCUAAACACUUAUGAUGUAGUAUUUGACAGAAGCUUUUCCCAUGUAUAUGAUCUAUGUGAAGGAUUCAGAGUGCAUGGGAGUACUGUGAAUGUUACUAUGUAGA